GUCUGUCGACAUGCGUGUGUUUUUGUUCCUAUGUCUUGUGGCGUUUGCACUGGCCCGAUGGCAACGACCAUUUAAUUUUCCUGAUGAUAGUGAUGAAAUGGCUGCCUUCUAUCCAUUGUUUCCUGAUCGUUAUCGACAUCCAAUGUUCGAGUAUCAGAAACUCAAUCAUAAUAAAAAAAAACUUGGGGAUGAAAUGGGCGAAGGCGAAGGAAGUUCACAUGAAAUAAAUACCCUGGAGGAUGUUGAACAACAACUCGAUGAUUUGGAGCGCAAACCACAUCUUUUGACAGGAACAAAAAAUGCAAAGACUAUGCGUGAAGCAAAAAAUACUGCAGUUACAGCCAAAAAACUCUUUGCCAAGACUAAAGACAAGUUGCGUGUGGACUUCGACUCCAUAACGACAUAUCAUGGUGGCAAAGUGGAAAUAAUCGUUACAAAAUUAAGUGCGAUGCGGAAAAAACUUAAUCUUGAUGAAUUAGACAGUGGGGAACAAAAGCUGUUAAAUCAUGUGCUCCUUGAGGGAAUUUCAAAUGAGGCAAUAAAAUUAACAGGAGAUACGCAAGAGAAGUUGAUGAGAACAUUGGACAAAGAAAAUGCACCAAUGGCUGCAAAAGUGCUGGUUUCGCAAGUUUUGACACAGAAACUAAAUGAUGUAACUAAAGAGAAAAUCAAAAAACUAGUAUCUCAGAAGACUGGUUUAGAUUUAACAAACGAAAACUUUUUGAAGCCAGGAAAUGUUGAUCAGGCAUCUUAUGAGGCCACAUUAAACGACGCUGGUGGUAAAGAAACGAUGCAGGGGGCAUUGGAAACGGGGUCCAAAAAGACACUAUGUAUGUUCACACCUGGCAGUCGGGAGUACUGCGUUAGUCAGACAAAGGAGCUGUGAGAAUUGAUUCUUGGUGACACUGAUGACAUCCAGCGUUCAAUUUUAAAACUGAUUAGAUUGUAAAUAUAU